GACGAAGCAAAGGAAAACAGUCUCACCAAAAAGAACUUCAUAAUUCCCAACCGCCAAUAACUUCCAAAUCUCUCUCUCUCUCUCUAUGAAUCUGCCCGUACAGUUUCAGAAGAAAACCCUAUACUAUUACUUCUAGGGUUCAUCACCACCACCACCAUCGACCAUGUCUUCGUCCCCAAAAUUCUUCCACGCUCGGCAACAGACCCCCUCCACUCGCAGAUCGACUCCCCUCCUACUCUCCGGCUGCCUCGUCAUCGGUAUCGCCGGGUUUCUGAUCGGAUUCGUCGCACUUCUCAGGCCGGUUAAAAAUUGCCCCCACGGCGAACCCAAAUCGGUUCGAGUGGUUUGGGAGAGAGGUACUGGCGGUGGUAGUAGUAGCGGUAACAGUGAUGGAUUCGGUACCGUUUUGGCUUCUGGGGAUGGGAAAAAACGACAUAAAGUCAUGGGCUUUGUGGGGAUUCAAACUGGUUUCGCAUCGGUAGGUCGGAGACGGUCUUUGAGGAAGACUUGGAUGCCGUCCGACCAUCAAAGCCUUCAACGAUUAGAAGAAGCUACUGGUCUUGCUUUCAGAUUUGUCAUUGGUAAAACCAAUGAAAAAUCAAAUAUGUCUGAACUCAAGAAGGAGAUCGCGAUGUAUGAUGAUUUCUUGCUAUUGGAUAUUGAAGAGGAGUAUAGUAAGCUUCCAUACAAAACGUUGGCGUUCUUUAAAGCUGCUUACGCUCUCUAUGAUUCUGAGUUUUAUGUCAAAGCUGACGAUGACAUAUAUUUAAGGCCAGAUCGCCUUUCACUGCUUUUGGCAAAAGAACGUUCUCACUCCCAGACUUACCUUGGCUGCAUGAAAAAAGGCCCGGUUUUCACUGAUCCAAAGCUGAAAUGGUAUGAGCCACUAGCUCAUUUGCUUGGGAAGGAGUACUUUCUUCAUGCUUAUGGUCCAAUAUAUGCUCUUUCUGCUGAUGUGGUUGCAAGCUUGGUUGCUCUUAGAAAUAACAGUUUUCGCAUGUUUAGCAAUGAAGAUGUUACAAUUGGCGCAUGGAUGCUUGCAAUGAAUGUCAACCAUGAAAACAAUCAAGCAUUAUGUUCACGUGAUUGUACAUCAACAUCUAUUGCUGUGUGGGAUAUUCCCAAGUGUUCAGGGCUCUGUAAUCCCGAAGCGAAGCUAUUGGAACUCCAUGCAGACGAGAGCUGCUCAAAGACUCCUACAAUGGAGCCUGAAGAAGAUUAGCAAUUUAUAUAUUCUUUUUUUUUUUCCUGUCAAAUUUGGGUAAUCUUCCGUCUCAUCUUGAUCUUACCAGAUGUUCUUCUCUUUUCAAUUUUGACCCAACUACAUCACGUGUAAUUUUAUAUUUUCGUCUAAACAAACGGGAAGAGGUCUCAGUAAAAAGAGCAUUUAGGAAUGUAGUGUUUUAGGGAUGUAAUCUUUCAUGUCAAAUUAUAAUUCUUUUUCUUCUUGUAAACAUAUAUUAAAUAUGGUUCUUUUAAAUUUCUGUCAUUUCUAGA